GUUCUUUUGGCCUGUGAGCUCAGACCUUACAAUACCCUUCUCACCGUCUCUGAACAUUUUCCGCCUCCCACUUCUCCCUCGGUUCAACCUCGCCAUCCAAACCGACUGAGGUCUCUCCAUACUUUUCUAAUUACCUCCCAACUUCUCCGUCUCCGAUUCCAUUCAUUGCCGCCGUAAACGCAUGAACUCUAUUGAAUCUCUCUCCGUUUCGUUUCUAACGGAGGUCGACCGGUUGCCGGGUGGUUGUUCGUGUAAUACCCAGAGAGCAUUAAAGUGGAUGAGGCUCACUCUCUUUGCCCAGUUUGGUUUUGAGGAGGUUGAUGAAGCAGUUAUUCAUAGUGAGUGGGCUGGAACGUGGAGGGUUUUUUCCAGAACUGUAAGGAUGCAACCGCUUCAGAAAAGUGCCAUGUUUCUCACAGGAUUUUCACGUUUUAUUUUUUUAAAGAUAAUAUGUAACGCCCCUCUCAGGGUUAAAGGAAACGCUACAUAAACUUACAACUAAAAAAAACUGCAAUAUAAUGGCUGUUUGUUUAAGAAAUAACCCUGAUAAAAACUCAAAUAUAACUAAAAUAUAACUCCAAAUAAAAACUCAAUAAAAUCUAGUUAUCACCAUCAAAUGUGAUAACCACCUGGAUCCAGGAAUUUAUUCAAACUUCAAUCCUCAAAUAAAAUAAAGUAAUAAUAAUCUUUUAUUCUAACAACUGAAAUACUGGAGUAAAAUAAAAACUAGCUAGAAGUCGCCAAGGUCGUUCUCAUUAACUCAUCUUGGCAUGCGUUCCAUUCCCUCAUCAUCUUCCUAGGCCUUGGCCUUACCCUUAGUAUCUGUAAAUGCGAAGAAAGAAAACUGAUAAGCUUUACGCUUAGUAAGUCACUAUGAAUUCACAAAAUAUCUGAGAAGUCUGUGCUAAUUUAUCAAUAGAUAAAUUUAGGCUAUAAGCGUGCACUAAACAAACAACUAACAAAUAGCUUCUCAAUUAAAAUAAAUUCUAAGAGAGGUUCUAAAAAAAUAUUUUCUAAAAUAAUUUCUCAAAACUACUGGAGAGAUCUCAAAAUUUCUUUCUUAAAAUACCUCUGUAAAACUUUCUGAAAGAGAUCUCAAAAGCAACUUUCUGUAAAACUUUCUGAAAGGGAAUCUCAUAGACUUUCUGUAAAACUCUUUGUGGCUAAUUUUAACUGUGGGCCCGUGAUAUGUACUCAAAGGCGCCAAUCCGACAGCUCAGGGGAGCGACUCACUAAACAUAUCGGACUCUCUGAAACUGAUAAACUGAUAAUCUGAGGGAACUUAUUCCCGAGUACAUAUCACCUGAUCUUUCACUUUAAAUGUUAGUUCUUUUUGUAGUGACGUUUGGGUAAAAACAUCAUUAAAAUCUUGAAAUAAAGUAUUGACACAAUCUUGACUAUGGCAGAUAAUAAACAUAACUUAAUACAACAAUUACAAUAACUCAUCAAAUAAUUCACUAAGCUCACAUAAUAGCAAAUAGUCUAAAAUCAUCUAAUAAAAAUCAACCAGACUUCUUUCUUUCAUUUGGUUGAACAAACAUGUACAGGUGGUAGUGAACUUACCUGUCAAAGCUGAACUUAAAUCACUCAGAUAUGAAUGGCACCUUGAUAACGUCUUCCGGUAAACUCUUCUUUGAAAUCUUUAAUUAGAUAAGUAGUAUAACAUUACAAUUAAAACCCGUUAUUACUAUAACCCAAAACUUUAACUGUAUUAUUGUAAGCCAAUACUCUAAAAUCGAAGUUGUCUUUCUGAAAUAUCCGACCAACCACUCAAUUAAACGGCCUUUGCUAGAUAUCAACUUUUUUUAAUAAAAAAGAGUCCCUAAACUGAUUGACUUCUUCUGGGACAGAUUUAAAGUUAAAUUAUAUGCUAAAAAACUAAUGGGAUGUAAAAUAUACUACUGCUGCGUACAAGCUUCAAUUAAAAUUUGGAAUGACUACUAACUAUAUCUGUGAAAUAUGCACUUUAAGAAAAACCUUACUAACUAAAUAUGAUACAAAAUUUCUGGAUAUAAAAUGAGCUUCUAAAUAUUUUUAACUACUAGUUUAUUAUACUGGUUUUUUUUGCUCUGCCCCCCUAGAGAUCCAACGAAGGAUGAAAGCACUCCUCAAAGUAAAUAAAUAAAAUUAAACUAACUGAUUAUAUUAGGGAAUUGACUAAUCCAUAAAGUUGCUAGAUACGAAUGAUUGGAACUUGAACUUACCCGACAAGAGUUUUGCUACAACGGCAUGAGAGCUUUUAUGAUUAAAUGGAAAGUUUCUCAGAGGAAGGAAAAGGAAAACAAAGAUAUCAGGGAGAUGGGAGAAACGGUCGCGGCUGCAGAGAGGAGGAAAAUAGAGUAGUACUCGGCUCUUAUGGAAGAAAGUGGCGUAACUUCUCUAGGGAUUUAGUAUAAAAGAGACUUAUUUGGGCUACAUUGAUUUGGGCUCCUAAUAUUCUUAAAAAAAUCCAACAUUAAAAGUAUUCUCUAUUUCAAAAUAAACUGAUUAAGCUUUAAAACAUUACUUAUUUCUUCACUUAAAAUUAUUCGAGCUUACCGGUCAACGUUACCUCCCAGAACAACACGUGACCAAACAAUAAAUCACUUUAGUCAUAGAAGAAUCUUAUUUAAUCGACUAAAUAAAAUAAAAGAUUAAUAUAAGUAGAUCGCUAAAAUCGGGGUGUUACAUAAUAUGCAUGAAUAAGUAAUUGGUUGUACAGGCAAACGUGAUGAUGUGGCGGGGAUUAUCCUAGGCGGGAACAGUUAAUUGAUAGACGAUUCCAUCAUUAAAUAUAUUAAGAUAGGCCGUUAUGCUUCCAUGUGACAAUCAAAAUGCAUUAUCCCCCAAAUAAUUCCUUAUUAUUCUUAUGCGAAAUUCACAAGAAUAAUAAAAAUAAUUCAAACUAGUAAUAGUAUCUACGUUAAUAAAUUGGGGGUGAAUUCAAAUCAUCGCCCAAAUUUAAAUAAACCUAGAAUAAUGGGAGUAGUUCAGAUGUUAAUUCAAAUGAUUCGUCAUUAGUAAAUGAAGAAUUGGAUCAAUUUUUUUAUUAGUUUUAUACUUGCAUUAAUUAGAGAUUACAGAUAUAAAAUGGUAGGGACCUCGUGACUCCGAUUUUCUAGGUCCGCCACUGACUAUUGCUAGUUCAGAUUAUUUUUUUAAACACUCAAUACAAAUUAUUAUUAUAAAAUCCCUAAAAGUAAGGAUUAGUUCUUAUGAAUUUUGCCUUAUUAUUAUUAUUAUUAUUAUUGUUGUUGUUGUUGUUGUUAUUAUUAUUAUUAUUAUUAUUAUUACUAGACUACAUAAGUACAUAUCAAUCAGUGCGAUACAUAAUAAUAUGUGAUAACCAAAUUUUAUUAACACAAUUUUAAUGUAUAACAUGUAUUUAAAAAGUAAGAUAAGUAUAAUUAAUUGAGUAUUGUAGCUAGUAGUUCUUUCCCUAAUACAAAGUAACUUUAGUAAUUCCAUUUUCUUUUCGUACAUAUUUUUUCAUAUGCAUAAUACAAUUAGUUUGUACUACAACAUUAAAUCUGUUUAGUGACACCAGUUAUUGUUAUUAUAAAAUAAAAACCUAUAAAAUAAUAAAUAUAAUUUUCAAAGUAAGUCGUGUGGAUCGUCUUAUGUUUCUUUAGUAAAAAGAUUUCAGUGAUUAGUUUUCCCAUACGAUCCCAAUAAAAUUAUUAGAUUCUAUUACAACAUAGAGAAAAACAAUUCAAACUCCCCAAAUUUGAAUGGAUAUAGGAUAUGGGAUACACACUCCAAAUUUACAUAUGUAAUAUAAAUAUUUUGAACUUUAUAUAAAAAGUUAUAAUAAUAACACAAUGAUCAUAUGUUUUUUCUUUCACAAAUGUCACACAUUUAGUAUAAUUCAUGGUGCUAUGAUAACUUUUUAUAUAUAUAAACUUCGAGGUAUAUAUACUACGUAUACAAGUUUAGGACAUACUACGUGCUAUAAGUCAUGGUGCUAUGAUAACUCUUUGUAGACCUUUUUAUAUCCAUCAGUACACCAUAUAUAAGGCCCAAAGAAAAAGAAAAAAAUUACCCCCCUUUCCCCACCUCAACCCCACGUGCGGUAGUCCCUCUCCCAAAAUCAAACUUCCGCUCUCAACUCAUUCUGCAUCCCCACAAAUACUCUCAUUUGUCCCACAGUAUUUCGGAAAUCCUUCCCCAUGAAACAUCACAGCCAUCCCUUGCAUCCCAACCGCCCAUCGGAGAAGGUGACAUGUAGUCAAACGACCUGUGUAGGGCUUGGACAUCGCAGUGGGUUGAGAACGAAGACAUGUGAGCAGUUGUUGCAUCAAAGAAGAAACAACUUUGGUGUGAACUCCAAUCACGACAAUGGUGGAAAGGGCUCUAAAGUUAAAAGUUCUGCUUAAAGACCAUUUCCCUGCUUAGUAUUCAGUGUGCGAAAAAUAUAAUGAAGCAUCCAAUCUACUAUAAUCAUUCUUAUCCGCCAAUAAAUUGCAACUGUUCCGCAAGCUACCAUGGGGCCAUCUUGUGGAUGUCCCAAAGAUUCAAUUUUCUGCCCAAAUAGUUCAUAUGCUGCUUUUACGCCUUGUGGAGGAACAACCAGAAGAUGAACUUUGGUUUCGCGUUCAAGGAAAGCUUUUAAAGUUUACCUUUGAUGAUUAUUGUCACAUCACUGGAUUACCCUCUACAGGCCAAAUGCCAUCCUCACCAGAGGAAGAUGAAUCUGGGGAAAAUGAAGUUGAAGAUGAAGUUGAGGUUGAAGAGAAAGAACUUGGGCGGUGGCAGACAUGUACCUUGGUGGCUCAGUGGAUACUACCUUUGAGAAGUUCAAGGAAAUACUUCAAAAAUUGAGGUCUUCCAGACGAGGUGAUCCAACUGAUGUUGUGAAGUUGGCCUCUUUGUACUUCGUUCAGUGUGUAUUCCUAGCCAAAGACAGGACCACAAAGAUAAAUCCCGACUUCGUAAGAUUGGUCAAUGAUUUCGACAAAUUCAAAGAUUACUCGUGGUAUAAGGAGGCUUACAAGUUAUUGGUCACCCAUUUGAAUGGUUUAAUGGUUGGGCAACCAAAGAAGUUUAAAGAAUGCAAGGCAAAGUUCACUAUCUAUGGUUCUCCAUUAGUUGUACGGGUAUCACAAAUGAAAUUAUGUAUUUAUUUAUUAAUUUGGUUAUUUAUUUAUUUAUGUGUUUGUGAGGUUCAUCUAAUUGUACUUCUCAGACAAUAUAUAUUUUACACACACACUACAUAUUGGUCACAGACAAAAAAUGGCCUAUAAACAGACAAUGUUGUUCUGUGUUUGGUGUUACUUAUAGGUUUGGGCGUUAAAUAUUUACAUGGAC